AAUACUUCUUUUCUGAGCCCUAAAUCUUUUUUACUUUGCAUUUCCUAUUCAAGUAAAAUAAAAUUUAAAAAAUUAUAUUAUUCUCUCUCUCUUACCUCACAAUCUUGAGGGGUAAGGAGCUGUAUCUUUUUAUAUAUUUAGAUUAUCAUUAGCAAACAGGAUACAGCCAGUAAUCAAGAUUUGGUUUUUAUAAUUGGUGGGAUUCCUUAAUAUUUAGGUAAAAAGAAUUUGAAUCAGACAAAUUAUUGACGAUUGGAAAGUAACAGGUUCAAAGUAUAUUCAAAUUAUAUAGCCGACCCCAGCUAGCUUAGGAUCGAUGUUGUUGAGAUGAUUGUUUAGCGAGCCCAAAUAACAAUGAGAAUCAUUCAGUAUAUUGUUAUCUCCUCCAAGAAUAUGUGAGAGCUAUUUACGCGAACUACAUUAAGCGCUGAAAGUAUCUGUUGAUUGGAAAUGAACAAUAAAGAAAUGGAGAACUGGAAUAGUGGUACUAACAAGCCUUCAAAGCAACAUCCUGAGAGUAAACAUGAGGAUAUCAAACCACUUAUGAAAGUGAAAACAUCCGGUUUAUCUGCUGCAUCACCGGCUCUGUCGUCUCCUACUUCAUCCGAGUCAUCACCAGAACUAGGUAAAAGUCGAAAGGACUCUCUUGGAGAUGCAAAUGCUUCAUUAUCAGCAUCUUCAUCUACUUCUGAUCAUGUUCCUAAUCAAACACCACAAUGGAGCAUGAUAAGUGCAUCUCCGCGUGGUGAAGAUCCUCCACAAUUACCUGAUUUUUUCCCUCAGACUUCUGAAUGGAGCGGAGCUAACCCUGCACCGAUGAAGUCACCUCCAAUGCAUAACAUGGGUCAUCCUCCGGGUUAUGAUCCCAAUCGGAUUCCAUUGUCUAUAUUUGCAAGCAAGCCUAAUAGCAGUGGUAUGGAAUGGAGUACUGCUUCAAAUGAGUCAUUGUUUAGUAUUCAUAUGGGAAACAGCAGCUUCAAUAGAGACCAGUAUAACAUGAUGUACAGAUCUGGAGAACUCAUGAAACCGGAGGAAUGGAGUAGUUCUCUGUAUAAUGCACCUGAAGUUAAAUCCAAUGAAAAGAAAAAUCUGCCUCCCAACCUUCCCCCUGUUGUCGAAAUGACAAAAAAUAAAGAGGUAAAGAAUGAUAUUACACUGGAGACACCCAAAGAAAAGAUUGUUGAACCCUCCAAAAUAGAUCCGGGGGAGAAUCAGGAAAAUAACAUCAAAGCGAAGAAGACAUCUGAUGUCGAUGAAGUUCAACAUUCUGUCUCAGAGCUCAACAAGUUGGAUGAAGUUCAACAUUCUCCCUCAACGCCCAAAAUGUCGGAUGAAGGUCAAUAUCCUCCCUCAACGCCCAACAAGUCGGAUGGUAAACUUGCACAGUUUGAAGCAAGUCAUGCUUCCUCAUCCCGAUAUUCUCCCUCAACGCCAAGCAAGUCAGAUGCUAAACUUCCCCAGUUUGAGGCAAGUCGUCCUUCCUCGCCUCAAAAUUCUCCCUCAACGCCCAACAGGUCGGAUGGUAAAGUUCCCCAGUUUGACGCAAGUCACGCUUCCUCACCCCGCCUUUCCAAUGAGAGUGGAAACAGCAGCAGUUCCUUUGCUUUUCCAGUACUACUUAAUGAUUCUGGGAAAACUGGCUCACUCAAAGCUCCCUCUGCAAAAAUGGAGAGACCCGAACCACCUCAACCUCAACCUCAACCAGAUUUACAACCAGAAAUGCAGCCUCAAUCACCUCAACAAUCACGGCCAUACUCGAAGCUAGAGUCAAGACAGCCAGAGUCAAAACAACCAGAGUCACAGCCUAAACUGGCAGCGACCACUUGGUUUUCUUGUUUCUCUUGCUGGCCUCGAUGUUGUUGAGAUAGGCUUUAUGCUAAUCCUUUGUAUGUAUGCAAGAAAUACUGACUCAUAUCCUCAUGCUCAAGGAGGACUCUUAGAAGUUAGAACUAUCUUCCCCGUAAAUUGUACAUUUCCUUUGCCAUGUGAAAUACAUGUGAGGGCAUUCAGUGAUGCAUAUAUUACACAGGGGUGAAUAGCAUUAACGAGUAUAUUGGGGAAGCGUGGUUAACCCAUGUAGGUGUGAGUUUUGAUGCCCCAGUGCUUUGGUUUAGUUGUAAAAUCUCAAUGCAUGGUAUGUGGAUUAGGCGUAUGUCACAGUUUGAACCCUGCUGCAAACUAGAGUAUGGCAUUUAAGUGAAGAAAGAUAGAAAGGCAGGUCUAUCACCCACAAACCAUCACCGCACUGGUUAUACUACAAAGUAGAAAUAAUUUGCACAUUGUUGGCUAAUUAAUACUCUAUCUGCUUAAGUGGAGAAGGGAUAGAAGGUCGAGUCCAACAACCACGGGGACUAUAAAACAAAGUAGAAAUGUUCACAGUGUAGUUGGGACAGAUUAAUACUCCAUAUACUGUUGAUCAAUACUCGAUAUAAUGGAACGCCACUAGAGCUAUUGUAUAGCCAAAAGAAAAAAAAGGCUUUUCCGAUAGCUCUGCAAAGCAACAAAUGAUCCCCUUAAGUAAUAUUGUAUGCAAGAAUGGUGUUUAUUUAUCC